UGUGAAUCACCGGUCGCUCAUGUUUGGAUUCCCCUCACUGAGAAGAAGAUGAAGAGGAGGAUAAGGGCAACGGCAUGACAAUUUCAAGCACCUGGACCCUCUAAACCAGAAAGCUCAACAGCACCUCCUUCUGGCAAAAAGGACAUCACUGAAGUCUGUUGGAUUACACUCUUUCUCCUUUAUGUGAUAGCUUCAUUUAUUACUAAAGAAGAUCAGAUAUUUGUGCCCUUUUUCCCACUUGGACCAAUUCUUCACAGUGUCUCCUGCCAAAAGCAUGUCAGCAAAAAUGACUUUAUAGCUGCUGACUGCAGGCAGAGUACAGGAAAAGCACCAUAAAGCAUGGAGACUUCAACUUCUCCUCAUGCAUGGACUCCCUCCUUGUCCCCUGUCUUCCCUACCUCCCCUUCCCCCUCCUCUCACGGCUACCUGCAGUUUUUUUGGGAGUAUCAGGACAACUCUGUCAUCGUGGAGCAUUACAACUACACAGGCAAGCUGCAGAAAGACCGCUACCGUGAGGGGCUCAAACCUGAGGGCAUUGCCUUCCUGGUGGUGUGUCUCCUCAUCGUCCUGGAGAACGCCGUGGUUCUCAUCGCCAUCUGGAGGAACAAAAAAUUCCACCUGCCCAUGUAUUACCUGCUGGGGAACCUGACUCUAUCAGACCUGCUGGCUGGGAUUACAUACAUGGCUAACAUCAUCAUGUCUGGGCCUAAUACUCUGAAACUGACACCGCUGUUGUGGUUCCUCAGGGAGGGAGGGGUCUUCAUCACUCUGGCUGCCUCUAUAAUAAGUCUGCUGGCCAUUGCAAUUGAAAGGCAUGUAACUAUGGUGACCAUGAGGCCGUACCAUGGGGCAAAGCGAGGGCGAAUGUGGGCUCUGAUUGGUGCAAGUUGGGCAUUGGCAGGAUUUCUUGGAGUUCUCCCAAUUUUGGGGUGGAACUGCAUCCACAGACUGGACCAGUGCUCCACAGUCCUCCCACUUUACUCCAAGAGCUACAUCCUCUUCUGCGUCUCUGUCUUCAUCGCAGUCCUCCUCGCCAUUGUAGUCCUUUACUUCAGAGUGUUUCGAAUCGUCCGCACAAAUACACAGCGCCAGCGGCUGGGCCUGUCCGGCAGUGUGAGAAAAGGCUUGGCAAGGAAGUCACAGAAAUACAUCGCCCUCCUCAAGACCGUCACCAUCGUCCUGGGUGUCUUCAUCGCCUGCUGGCUGCCCCUCUUCUUCCUCCUCCUUCUGGAUUUUUUCUGCCCUACUCGUGGUUGUUACCUUCUCUACAAGGCCGAUUACUUUCUAGGAGUAGCCAUGGUCAACUCGCUCCUCAACCCCAUCAUCUACACUCUGACCAGCAAGGACAUGAGGAGAGCCAUCCUCAGGCUGCUCUGUCGGCCAUGUUUGAUGACCAGAGACGGACAGGUGAAGAAGAUUGGGAUGCCGUUCCUGGAGUGCAGUUUCAGCAAAACUGAGGUGGCAUCACAGAAGUUGGAGGGUGGGCCGGAAACGACCAUUUCCUCAGGAAAUAAUGUCACCACCCCGUCUCCUAUUAAGGCCCUUUACCCAAAACUGUUCAAGUCACAAGGACUUUGACUGACUGAGUUGAUAAUGGGUUAUCCACUGAACAGAGGACGUGUCGCAGCAGGCUUAACAAUGGAGCGCAGCCAGACACAGAAGGUGGAUGACAUAUAACUAAGGUCUCACCUUAACAAGUCAGAAGUGGUGCAGCUACAGCAACAAACCGUGUGAAAGAACUUCAUAGUGACGGGGCCAAAAAACAAAGCAAUACCACUGAAAUGUGAACAGACUUUCAACUAAUUUGCACUGAAAUGUUACAGUAAAUAAAGUAGCAGUCAUGAAUUUUUAUACCAUGGUAGUUUGUUUCAAGGCCUGGAAGAGACUUUCACACAAAGAGACUCAUGACUGAAAAAAAAUCUCCCAAAUUUAAGGGUGAAAAGGUCCCGUUUUACAGUUUCACAUUAAGUACCUUAAAUGCUGCACAAAUACAUGCAAAGUGUUAUUGCUGCCUUUGCACACUUGGAUUUCGCUGGUUCGAAGAUCCACGGUAUGCUGGAUUUGUUCAGAUAGAUGAUUCAGAGCAGACAUCUCUGAAAGCGUGAUGCACGGAGGCAGACAUGAAAGACAGGAACUGUUGGCUGUAUUCUAUGCUGUGGCGUAGAAGUGGGAGGCAGAGCACAAAGUAAAACCUGACGAUCUGAUGCAGAAUGGAAAGUUCUCAGUGUAGAGGUUUUUUUUAUAUAUCAGCAAAAAAAAUCCAAGCUAAAUCAACGAAGAGAAACAUGUCUUAAUAUAAUUUGUGAAACUAGCAUACUGUGUGGUUUUAAAUGAUAGCAGAUACACAUCAAAUCAGUUGCAAUUGCAUCACAGUUGUAACUGAUGUGCGAACACACUAUAACUGCAAAGUGUGAAAAUGCCACAAAUGUUAUCAUUUCUGUAGCUGCACGAGGUCUGUUAAGGACAAGAAUGUGCAUGUAUCUGUAAGCUAAUUCAUACAGAAAUAGCAGACUUAUCAGUGCCAUUAUUUUAGCACUUUCAUAAAACAACAUUGGAGACCUUUUUUCAGAUCAGUCUUUUGGACCUUGAAUAAGGCUGUGUGUAUGUUGUGUAUCUUUCGUAUUUCUGAAAAUUUUUAUAUCAUCUGUAUAAUAAAUUAUAACUUUUUGUUACAAUUAAACUUUUCAUUUCUUUUUAUAAAAGAAAUAAAAUUAUUCCCAAAGGAU